AGAUGUCACUUUGCAAUGACUUCAUUUUCAUCAGUUAGUGAAAUCAUUAUCAUUCUAGGAAGCCUCUCAAUUGAAGUUCUAUUUCAUAUUUUUGUUCAACAGUGGAGGUUUUAGAGAAAUACCAGAUACGAGGCAAUGAGAAAGAGAAGAUGAUAGUUAACAUUUAUCCUAUAACAUAAAACGUAUAACAUGAAAUCAGAUGUAACAUUCACUCUAACCUAAGUCAAGUUGAAUGUUUACAUGUUCCGCUUCAUUACCUUCUAAUGGUUAUCAAUGAGCAAUUAAGUAGCAACAUUUUAUGCAUAACAUCAUUAAGAAAUCCAAUGAAGUCUAAUCAUUAUUAAAUUAAAUGGGAUGGAGACUGUUAUGAUGAGCUGCAAAAUACAAAUACUUGUAGUUUUCUUCAUUCUCUACUUCUGUAUCGAUUCAACAAUUGGGAGUGAAAAUGGACACAUAUGCAGAGGUGGACAAUUUCAAUUACCGAACACGACAUGUUCAAAAACUGGACCUUAUUGUCCAAAUACAUAUCAAUGUAAUAAGAAACAGGUGUGCUGUAGGAUUAAACAUGUACCUGAAACAUGUGGGGCAUUAAUGGAAGAAAACAGUAAAUAUGUCCCACAUAAAUGCGUGGGUGGAGGCAGCAAGCCAUGUCCACAAGGAUAUGUGUGUCAUGUAGGACACGCAAAUGUCUACAGCAUGUGUUGUCUUAAUGUGACAUGCAGGGAUGAGGAUGAGAUACAACACAAAAUUGGUGAUAAACCAUGGAUCAGUCCAUAUGAUAAAUGCAGUAAAUGUUCAUGCAAAACUCACACUGGAACAAGACAAAUUGGCUCAACCAAAUGUAAAUCAAAAAAGAAAUGUAAAAAAUGUUUGCCAGAGAAAACUGGACAAAAAAGGAAACUAGGGCCAGGGGAACGAUUCUGGAAAUCCAACUGCGAUUUAUGUGAAUGUCGAUCAAAUAACUUUAUACCAUGUGCUGGUGCAUGUGAGAGAGGGAUUAAAGGUAAACCAAGUGAAUAUUUCCCUAUGCCAGUUGAUAAAAGGGGCUGCAAGUGGCAAUACAGAGUAACACAAUGCUAUGGGGCAAAAGGGGAGAAUGGUUCAGAAUGUUAUGACACCAAGGUAGACUACAUGCUAGAGAUUAACACCACCUGUCCAGAAAUAGGAAAACCAAUAACAUCAUCAGGAACAAUUAUCAUAUCAGGAAAGGAAGUUGAGCCAAAAUACAAUUUGCGAUGGAUGGUCUACAUUGAUUUACUGGAAAAUGAAACGCUAUGUGGGGGUUCUAUCAUAAGCCCAAGGCACAUACUGACAGCGGCGCAUUGUGUCCAUAGAAGAGCGAGUGUAAGAAUAGCUGCUGGGGAGCAUGAUCGAAGGAUCGAGGAAGGUGUUGAACAAGAGCGAAUGGUUAAUGAGAAAGAUUUCUUAAUCCAUGGAAAUUUCGACCCUGAAACAUUAAACAAUGAUAUAGCAUUACUAAGAGUUCAUCCACCGUUAGAAUUCAAUAAGAAAGUCCAAGCUAUCAAACUACCUAAAGCAGCCACACUCAAAACAGGCAAACAACAACUGUGUAAGGUAUCAGGAUGGGGACGGGAAUCUGAUACAUAUUUGUCUAGAGAAGACAUACUUUUUUACACAAAAAACUCUGAUGUUUUACGUGAGGUGCCGCUGAAGCAAGGAGAUUGUGACUUGACAGAUAAGGAUUUGAAGAGAUUCAAUAACUCAACAAUGUUCUGCACAAAGAGUGGUACUAAAGAUGCAUGUUAUGGGGACUCUGGUGGACCAUUUAUUUGCACCAUCAAAGGCUCUAAACCCAGGAUAUAUGAACAAUACGGAAUUGUAAGUUGGAGCUCAAAAAGUUCCUGUGGAGUAUGGUCAGGUGUAUAUACGAAGGUAACCAACUAUUUGGACUGGAUAACUGAGAAGAUGACACUAGAUGGUGGCUGGGGUGGUUUUACAACCACUGAGUGCACAGUUACAUGUGGGGGUGGUGUCAGAUCUAAAGUUCGUAUUUGUAAUAAACCAGAGCCACUGAGUCAUGGUAAAUGUCCUGGCAAUAUGGGGAUUAUAAAUGAGGUGUCCGGAUACAUUGAGGACAGAGUAACCGAAUCAUGUAACACAAUGCCAUGUUAGAAUGUGGGUAAAUAAGACCUCCUAUUAUCAUUUUUUGAUUGAUAUGAAAAGGUCUCCAUGGCAACGCACUCAUACAUGUAAUCAUAUUUGUGUAUUUGUGACAAUGAAAUCAAUAAUAAA